UCUCAAACACGUCUGGCAGCCCUUAUACGAGUGUGCCGAUCGUGUGCACUGUGCACAUCCUGACCCGCUGACAUCCCUUGUCAGUAAAACAGUCGUACUGUUGAUGAACAAGAUGAACCAGCUAUCAGGUGUGUGUGUGUGUGUCCGCGCCGGCCCCGUGCCGCGGCGCACGCUCUACAAAACCGGCGGCUAUUUCCUGCGUUGGCGCGCUGCCGACGCGUCGCUCCGUCCGUCGGCCGUCGGUUCCGACGCGUCGACGGCGCUCAGUCGUCGGCGGCGGCGGGCGCUGCUCGGUCCGCCAUGGAGCAGCCGGCGGCCAAGAGCGGCUGGCGCUUCCCGCACGUGGCGCUGCUGUAUGUGUUGGUGGCAGUGCUGACGGCCGCGCAGCUCGCUGGGUUUCUCCUGUUGCGGCACGGCCUCACCGAUGCCGAUCGAGUGUGUGCCGAGCGGGCGAGCCGCGCCGAGCGACAGGCGGUCAGCCAUGUGACUGAACUCCUCGUGAAGGCGACGCAGGCAUCGCACGGCCGACAUGCCGAGUUCUCUGGCGGUGAGCUGCUGACCCCUCCGCCCGUGUCUGCCCCCGCGGCACAGCGUCGCCGCGGCCGCCGUCAGGCCGCUGAGAGUGAGCAGACCUACUCGGGGCUCGGACCGGGCACCAGCCUGGCCUCCGGGGAGUUGAUACCCCAUACGAAGACGACUCGCCGUGAUGGGCUGGACGAGGGCAGCGGCAGCGGUGGCAUUGCCGAGGACGAGGCACCACUGGACUGGAUCCCGUCCUACUCGCGGAUACCGGCGGAUGACCUGAGGAAGUUCUGCUUGAGCACCCAGAGGUUCUGCAAGCCUGGAGAGAAGGGCGCAAUGGGUGAAAUUGGUGAACCAGGCCCGAGGGGACCCAAAGGCGAGAUCGGUCUUCCAGGCCUCCCCGGAGUGAAGGGUGAGCCCGGACCUAUCGGCCCACCGGGACUGAAGGGAGUUCGCGGCUACACUGGCAACAAGGGACAAAAAGGCAGAGACGGCCUGGAGGGUCGCGACGGCCUGCCUGGAGAGCCCGGUAUGGACGGCAUCCCUGGAAGGAACGGUCUGGACGGAUUCCCUGGAGUGGACGGAAUUCCAGGACAGGAUGGGACGCCUGGAAUCAACGGACUGCCCGGCCGUGACGGAAACGAUGGCGAGAAAGGUGCCAAAGGAGAUGCAGGUCCCAAAGGGGAACGAGGAGAAGUCGGUCUGGUGGGCCCGCGAGGUCGAAAGGGCGAGGCGGGCAAGGACGGUCAGAACGGCAUCCCCGGCAUCAACACGACGCUGGUCAACACGACGGCCGGCACGCUGCUCAUCCCGCCCUGGAUCGCCCGACCGAAUCUUCGCGACGGCCCGAAGCUGAUCCGUGUGAGUGAGGGAGACAACCUGGUUCUGCGUUGCGCUGCUGCCGGAGUGCCUCGGCCCUCCAUCACCUGGGACAACCCGGAUGGAGGUCUCAUCCGAAAGGGAUCCUGGAAAGCCACCAACAUGGACGAGCGAAAUCUGGAGUUGAUCCGGAUUCAUCGGGAGCAGAGUGGUCUGUACAGGUGUAUCGCCUACAAUGGCAUUCCUCCGGAUGCCAGCAAGGUGUUCAAAGUCACCGUCAUGUACCCGCCGCUGAUCCGGUGCACCAACAACCAGCAAGUGAAGGAGCGGGGCGACUCGGUCACCUUCGAGUGCCGGGUGGACGCGUCUCCUGCGCCGCUCAACUACUGGCGCUUCAACGGCAAAGUGCUGGAGAACAGCACCAAAUACAUCACCGGACAGGCCGAGGUACCCGGCUCGCCGCGAGAGGUGAUAUCGGAGCUGCACAUUCGGGAGAUCGGCGACCACGACUACGGAAAAUACUACUGCGUCAGCAAGAACGAGGUCGGCCAGACUGAGGGCGCCUUCACACUCUACCCCCCGGGCGCCGGUCUCAGCAAGAGCCAGCAGAACAAGGUGGUGUACGGCCGGCAGCCUCACAACAUCACGGACCAGGACGACCUGUGCCCGCCACAGAAGGAGGUGGCCUGCCGCGAGUGUCCGCAGCUCGUCUACCCGGGCGUCGGCGGCUUCCCCGUCAGCUACGGCAGCCUGGUGCGCAACGUCACCCGCAUCAUCGGACUCACGCCCAAGGGACUCGGCAACAGGACCAUGGCCUGCGAGCUGUCAGCGGUCGGCAAACCCGUCUUCAAUCGCGACUCGCGCGCGCGGUUCGGCGCCUGGAUGAGCGACUCCGACCCGCCCACUCUGCCCGACGCCAACAAGUACUGGUACACCCACGAGCGGGACACGUUCAAACUCUUCGAGUACUCCAGCAAGGACAGCUUCGACCGCAAGAUCGUUACCCGCAACAUCACGCUGAGAAAACCGCACCAGGGUAAUUCCCACGUCGUCUUCAACGGGUCCUUCUACUACCACGUCCGUGGUGAGCCGAACAUCGUCCGCUUCAACCUGCGCUCCAGCCGGAUCGAGAAUACGCUGGAGCUGCCCGACCUGGCCAAGAACCGCAGUGUGACGCUGUACAACUCCACCUAUACGUACGUCGACUUCGCCGUGGACGAGAACGGACUGUGGGUCGUCUACGCCCUGCCAAACAAUAACCUGGGCGUGGUGAAGCUGAGCUCUGAGCUGGACGUCCUGCAGACUUGGAACAUCUCCUUCCAGGGCGACAGCCACGCCAAGGACGGCGACACCAUCAUCGUGUGCGGCGUCCUCUACGGCAUCAAGAGUCGCACCGAGAGCAACACAAAGUUCAGUCUCGCUCUGGACCUGUAUACACAACAAUCUCUACCAUACAGCGGAUUGACGUACACAAAUCCAUUCCGACAAACCACUAUGGUCGGAUACAAUCCACGUAAUAAGGAGAUCUUCUCUUGGGAUAAGGGUAACCAGCUGACCUACCCGGUCAAAUACAACGCGCUGGACGACGACACCUCGGACAAUGAGCCGAGCAUAGAGGCGCUCAUGAACUCACCCGACCACGUCAUCAGCGAACCGGAGGAAGACCUCUGAGAGACGCCCGUUCACUGCCGACGGGGCGAAACCGUCGGGUCAGCGCUGACCGACGCUAGGUCACCGGCGACGGGGAAAUACCGUCUGGUGAUCGCUGAUGGAGACUGCAGUGUUAAGGUUACCGCCCAGGCAGGCGGGAAUAUUGGAGAAGCUGUCAACACCAGUCAAUGAUGUUCGAAUGCUGCUUGCAAUGAGAAGCUACAGCGGGAAAACGUAGAAAUGGUUGUUCACCUAGGGCUGAACGAUGAUAUGUGAUGACGAGCCAUGAAUCGGCUUAUAGCCUGCGUGACAUCCUUAUUGUAAUACCACAUGUCACAGGUGGCUAAACGUUUAACGCAUAAAAUAAACGGUCAACAGUAUCGCACCUGUGGGGAAAUGUUGCCGGACGAUGCUUGUUGUACGUUUCGUCUGAUAUACCAUUGAGCUCCGGUUGACAAAAAAAAAAAAAAAACGAAGUUAUGGCCGUUCUAGUAAGCUUUGGGCAGUGUUUUGGUCUGUGAUGUUGUCAGAGCAAUGCUCACCAUGACAUUCGCGACUUGGGAGGUUGCGGAACGCAAAUAUUUCACCGCAGCUGGGAUCAGAAGAUGCUGAUCUGACAACCGGCUGAUACGAUGAUCGAUGUUGUGCUGCAUCCCUCCUUCGCAAAACUAUCGGAAGAUCGAUGUAAAAACUGCGACAGAGAUAGGUCCUAUCACAAUGACUAAUGAUCGUGGAAGUGUGAAUGGCGAGAGGAACGAAUACUCUACCGUGUGUUUUAUAUGUUUGUAUAUGUUAGAUUUGUCGAGUCGGUCGAGUCGCUUGACAACAGUAAUUGACAUGUGCCCCAUAUCAAACGUGAAGUUCUACUAAUGUCACUAGCUUCCCAUUUCCCCACUGAUAGUGACAACAUUUAACCGAAUUAAUAAACGAAACAGCUUAA